GUUCAGUUCCUGACAGAUUACCAAAAAUCUAGUUAAGAUAGUAGCAUCGCUGCUUGUGGCUCAUGCUGCCUUCACGUGCUAUCAGAAUUACCGUAAAUACGGGUUUCCCACAAGGAAGUUGCGCAUGAAUGACAACUGGGAAACUCGAAGAUCAUUUUGAUACCCGACUUUCUGAGAUGGGAGAAAUCCUAAACUUUCAACCUAGCGGAAGAGAGAACAGUUUCUGUGCUGAAUGCAAACCUCUGUAGUAUCAGCCCACAUCAUGCAGGCGAUCUUCUGCAGAAAUGGCACAGAGACACCGGAACCGGUCAAAGCAGAGGUGUCAGGUGCAAUCCCACCGUGGCUUCAGGGGACACUUCUACGCAAUGGGCCUGGACUUUUCUCCAUUGGGAAUAUGUCGUAUAAUCACUGGUUUGAUGGAAUGUCUCUUAUUCACAGUUUCACUUUUAAGCAAGGUGAUGUAUAUUACAGAAGCAAAUUCCUCAGGAGUGACACUUACAUGAAAAACAUUACUGCCAACAGGAUUGUGGUGUCAGAAUUUGGGACAAUGGCCUACCCCGAUCCCUGCAAGAAUAUAUUCUCAAAAGCCUUCAGCUACAUGCUCAGUGUCAUUCCAGAUUUCACAGACAAUAACAUUGUGAAUAUAAUACGAUAUGGAGAUGAUUACUACACAUCAUCGGAAAUAAACUACAUCAACCAAAUCAACCCAGUGACUCUUGACACUAUGGGAAGAGUCAAUUAUAGAAACCAUAUUGCCUUGAACCUGGCAACAGCACACCCUCACUAUGAUGAUGAGGGAAAUACCUAUAACAUGGGCACUGCUAUCAUGGCACUGAGCGGACCCAGAUAUGUCAUCUUCAAGGUGCCUGCUGCUACAUCAGAUACAAAGGACAGCAGAAAAAAAAAUCUUGCACUGAAGAAUCUGCAACAGAUUUGUUCCAUUCCUUUCCGCUCAAAGCUCCACCCAAGCUACUUCCACAGUUUCGGGAUGACAGAUAAUUACAUUAUCUUCGUUGAGCAGCCCUUAAAGCUGGACAUUAUCCGACUGGCCACAGCUUACUUCAGAGGAGUCUCCUGGGGCAAGUGCCUCAGUUUUGACAAAGAUGAUGUUACUCUGUUCCACAUAAUCGACAGGAAGACAGGGCUUGUGCUGAACACUAAGUUCUAUGGGGAUGCGUUUGUGGUUUUCCAUCACAUCAAUGCCUAUGAGGAGGACGGCCAUGUAGUGUUUGACCUGAUCACAUAUAAAGACAGCAGUGUCUAUGACCUUUUCUACAUAGACUACAUGAAGCAGGACACGCAGAAAUUCACUGAGAUGAGUAAGGAUUUUUCACCACCAGUCUGUCAGCGAUUCGUCAUCCCUGUCAAUGCUGACCUCAAGGAAAAUCCAUUGGGCAAGAAUCUUGUGAGGCUAGAGGGCACAUCAGCUACAGCAGUCUUCCAGAAAGACGGUUCCUUGUACUGUACUCCAGAAACACUGUUUCAUGGUUUAGAGUUACCUGGAAUCAAUUACCAAUACAACAGAAAGAAGUACAGAUAUUUCUAUGGCUCUAUGAUGGAGUGGUCACCACAAGCAAAUAAGAUCGCAAAAGUAGACACGAAUACCAAAACACACCUAGAAUGGAUAGAAGAGGAUUGCUACCCAUCUGAACCAAAGUUUGUGGCAUCACCAGGUGCUGUGGAUGAGGAUGACGGUGUUAUCUUGUCAUCUGUGGUCUCAGUGAAUCCCAAAAAGUCACCCUUCAUGUUGGUGCUGGACGCGAAGACCUUCAAGGAGAUCGCUCGUGCCUCAGUUAACACAGCUGUUCACCUGGACCUGCAUGGAAUUUUCAUCCCACAGGAAUCUGAACCGAAAUAAAAUCAAAUAAUAUUUCUGGGGAAAAAAUGCUGCUUACUCUAUCAGCCUGCGGCAUAGAUGCCAAAGAUCACAGAUCACAGCUUUGUUUUGCACAAGAAACACAUGGUAUUAAAUCCUACAUGUGGCUUUUGAUAAACAUUUACUUUAACAUUGUAAUAUAUGCCUGUAAGUAAAAAAAAUUUCAAGAAUACUUUAAGUGCAUAGUCCCAUUUGUUCAUUAAAAAGAUUAGCUUCA